GAGCAGAGAGCCCAACCAAGCCCAUACGCCGUUACCGUCCUGUCUUCUUGGACCCUGCUUCUCCGCCGCUCUCGCUGCCGCGAGAGCUCCGAUCGGCGAUCUUUUUCCCCGGUCAGGAUGACCAUCAUCAUCGACCAGACUCAGUUCGAUGCGGCGGCGGAGAGGAAGGUCGCCGGGGACCCGGGGGAGCUCGUGCUCGACGGCGGCUUCACCGUGCCGGAUUCCAACGCCUUCGGCCACACCUUCAGGGACUACGACGCGGAGUCGGAGCGGAAGAAGACGGUGGAGGAGUUCUACCGCGUGAACCACAUCAGCCAGACGUACGAGUUCGUGCGGCGGAUGCGGGACGCGUACGCGCGGCUGGACAGGACGGAGAUGAGCAUCUGGGAGUGCAUCGAGCUGCUCAACGAGUUCAUCGACGACAGCGACCCCGACCUCGACAUGCCGCAGAUCGAGCACCUCCUCCAGACCGCCGAGGCCAUCCGCAAGGACUACCCCGACGAGGACUGGCUCCACCUCACGGGCCUCAUCCACGAUCUGGGCAAGGUGCUGCUGCAUCCCAGCUUCGGGGAGCUUCCUCAGUGGGCAGUCGUAGGUGACACCUUCCCCGUGGGCUGCGCGUUCGACGAAUGCAACGUCCACUUCAAGUACCUCAAGGAGAACCCUGACUACCACAACCCGGAGUUCAACACCAAGUUCGGGGUCUACUCCGAGGGGUGCGGGCUGGACAACGUGCUCAUGUCAUGGGGCCAUGACGACUACAUGUACCUGGUUGCCAAGGAGAACAAGACCACCCUUCCUUCUGCAGGGCUGUUCAUCAUCAGAUACCACUCCUUCUACCCCCUGCACAAGCAUGGAGCCUACACGCACCUGAUGAACGAGGAGGACAAGGAGAACCUCAAAUGGCUGCACGUGUUCAACAAGUAUGACCUGUACAGCAAGAGCAGCGUCAGGAUCGACGUCGAGAAAGUGAAGCCCUACUACAUGUCGCUCAUCGAGAAGUACUUCCCGGAGAAGCUGAAAUGGUGAGGAGGCACCCAGGCAGGGAACGGAACCCAAACAACAUAUGAUAGUAUUAUUAUUCCAGCUUCCACUCGCCAUGGAAAACAGAAGGAAAAGAGAUUGUUCCAAGCUGUCGUGUAUUGUCACUCAUCCGAGUUGAGUGAGCGUUGCUAGUAGUGUCAACUCCAGUACGAGAGCUAUCAGCCAUGCGUUAAUAUUAUUGCGUAUACCCUAAUAAAAGUUUGCCGGUAUUUGUUGUCUUUCGAGUGUGCUCUGUUCUACAGUUUGUAAACGAAAUAAUUUUGCUCA